UCUCAACACUACUCAGCACUACCUAACCCUACUCAACACUACCUAAUCCUACACAACCCUUUCCAACCCUACCCCACCCUACCCAACCCUUUCCAACCCUACCCAACCCUUUCCAACCCAUCUCAAAACUAUCCAACCCUAACAAACCCUACCCAACACUACCAAACCCUACCCAAGCCUAUCCAACUCUUUCCAACCUACGCAACACUACCCAACCCUUUCCAACCUUGCCCAACCCUUUCCAACCCUACCCAUCUCAAUGUUACCAAACUCUACACAAACCUACCCAACCAUUUCCAACCCUACUCAUCCCUUUCCAACCCUACCUAGCCCUACUAAACCUUACUCAACAUUACCAAACCCUUUCCAACCUUGCCCAACCCUUUCCAACCCUACCCAAACCUACCCAACCAUUUCCAACCCUACCCAUCCCUUUCCAACCCUACCUAGCCCUACCCAAUCCAACCCAACCCUUUCCAACCCAUCUCAAACAGUCCUACCCAGCCCUUUCCAACCCUACCCAACCCUUUCCAGCCCAUCUCAAUACAACCCAACCCUAACAAACCCUACCCAACACUACCAAACCCUACUCAAGCCUACCCAACCCUUUCCAACCCUACUUAACUCUACCAAACCCUGUCCAGCCCUUUCCAACCCAACCCUACCCUGCCCAACCCUUUCCAUCCCUACCCUACCCUACCCUACCAAACCCUUUCCAGCCCUACCUAACCUUUUCCAACCCUAUUCAAAACUACCCAACCCUACACAGUCCUACACAGCCCUUUCCAACCCUACCCAACCCUUUCCAGCCCAUCUCAAUACUACCCAACCCUAACAAACCCUACCCAACAAUACCAAACCCUACUCAAGCCUACCCAACCCUUUCCAACCCUACUUAACUCUACCAAACCCUGUCCAGCCCUUUCCAACCCAACCCUACCCUGCCCAACCCUUUCCAUCCCUACCCUACCCUACCCUACCAAACCCUUUCCAGCCCUACCUAACCUUUUCCAACCCUAUUCAAAACUACCCAACCCUACACAGUCCUACACAGCCCUUUCCAACCCUACCCAACCCUUUCCAGCCCAUCUCAAUACUACCCAACCCUAACAAAC